AUGAAAGUAGCUGUAAUUGGAGCCGGAGCUUCGGGUCUGAUAUCUGCCAAAGUACUCUCUGAAAAAGGAAUUAAUUACGAUGUGUUUGAGACUGGUGAUCAAGUUGGUGGUACUUGGAUUUAUUCAGAAAACACAGUAGAUAAGCAUGGUCUUCCUGUUGCAUCUAGCAUGUACAGAGAUUUGAGGACUAAUCUUCCAAAGGAAGUAAUGGAAUUUAGUGAGUACCACUAUGAUAUUGAAAAUGUCUCAUACAUCACUCCCUCACAAGUGCUGGACUAUCUCCAAUCUUUUUGUAAUGAAUACAAUUUGAAAGACAACAUAAAACUAGAACACUUAGUAACAAGGGUUUCCAGAACAGACGGGGGAUGGCUUUUGACUGCUAAAGAUUUAAAUCAUGGAACAGAAAAUACAACGUUUUAUGAUGCCGUUUUCAUCUGUAAUGGCCAUUAUAGUUUGCCAAACUAUCCAGAAGUUGAAGUUAAAGAAGCUUUCACGGGGCUAUCUUUACACAGUCAUUAUUACAAAACACCAGAUAUAUUUGAUAAUAAAAUUGUACUAAUCAUUGGCAUGGGUCCUUCAGCCCAAGAUAUAACAUUCAACAUUCACCCGAAUUCAAAACAGAUUUAUCUAAGCCACCACUAUACAGAAGAAGUUAAACAACUUUUUCCAGAAGAUAUUAUCCAUAAACCUGAUGUAAAAGCAAUAGAAGGGAAGACUGUAUAUUUUGAAGAUGAUACCAAUGCUGAAGUUGAUGCAAUUUUAUAUUGUACAGGAUACAAAUAUAGCUUCCCAUUUCUUGAUGAGAGUUGUGGAAUUAAAGUUUAUAAUAAUUAUGUUUCGCCGUUGUACAAACAAGUAUUUUCAAUAACGCACCCUACCAUGGUAUUUAUUGGACUUCCAUUCAGAUCAUUUCUGUUUCCUAUGUUUGAAAUACAGGCAAGAUGCGCGCUAAACACCUUGACUGGUAUCGUCAAUCUUCCACCAAGGGAAGAAAUGUUGGAAGACAUGAAGAGCUGGGAAAAGGUUCAAAUUUCUAGAGGUUAUUCUGAAAAUAAAUUCCAUAUGAUUUCAGAUUGUAUAUAUCAGUAUUUCAGAGAUGUUGAAAAAGUUGGAAAUGUGACACCUCCUUGCCCAGAUAUGAUAUUUAAACUUUUUUAUAGAGCUGCAAAAAAUAGGAAAAGUGACCUGGUAAAAUACAGGAAUGAAGUAUUCAAAAUCAUUGAUGCUGAAAAUUUCAUUGUUAAAUAA